AUGAACGCGGCUCCAUUUUCAGCAGCAUGGGAGGGUCAUCGUCUUCCAUUUCAUCUCACACCUCGGAUGAAACUCUACAGGUACUGAGGAAACAACUCUCGCUUGAUGAAAUGGCAUUCAGUUCUCGACAUGCAGGCUCCAAAAGAAACACCCUAGUCCACAGCCAGUCGAUGGGAGACGAACCAAUUGGGGAGUACCGGUACACAGUGACCCAUGGCUCGGAUGCCUUGAGAAUCACAGGCAACAACCUGCAUCUUGUGAGGACAGCAAAACUGGUGCUUGAUGAAUUCUUUAAUGGAGAAAGGAAUCUGAACAACAUUGCUCUCCUUCUGGGAACAGACACUCCAAGUGACCCAGCUGUAGAAUCCCCAACAUCAGCAAGCCAUGACAGAUGGUAUCAAAGGUGGUGA